GGUCAUAAAUUCUCCGUGAAGUCUUCCAUGGCUUAAUAUAGCUCAGGCCUCAGCUGAAGUCACUGUCGCCUCAAGUCACUCAUGGUGGCUUCUUCUCGGAGGAUACAACACGCUGCGCCAUAAUCGCCUGUAUCUGUGGACCGUACGUUAACCAUGUCUCAGCACAGCCAAGAUUCGGACUUGGACGAACUGUUUGGAGAUAUUGAUGAAGAUGAGAUUUUGGCCAAUUUAUCUCCUGAAGAGCUAAGAGAGCUCCAGAGCGAGAUGGAGGUACUGGCGCCGGAUCCGAGAGUACCAGUGGGCAUGAUUCAAAGGGACCAGACGGAAAAAGCACCGACCGGCCAAUUCGACCACAGGUCGCUCAUCGGUUAUCUGCAUUGGGAAAAGGAAUCUAAUCGGAUGCUGGAAGAAGAAAGGCUCCCUGUUACUCUUCUACCAUCAGAGAGAAUAAUUGCCAGAGAGGAGGAGCAGGAGGAAAUGAAGAAGUCUCGUGAACAAGAUGAACAAGAAACUGAAGAAGAGCCACAAGAACCAGAAGAAGAAAGUAAUGCUGAAACUGUAGAAGAGUUUUGCGAAAAAGACAAUGAGACAACAGAUGAAGAAGAAGAGAAGACAGAAACAAACCAAAGUGUCGGAUCAGAAACGGAAUCAGAAAAAGAAGAAAAAACGAACGGUGAAGUCGCUGAGGAAAGUCCUUCGGCCUCUCCACCGAAUGAAGAGAUUACAGAGGAAGAGCCACAAGAAGAGAAGAGCGAUGAAACCAGACCCACCACUGAUGAAGCUCCAGAACCUGCUGAAAACAUUGAGGAUAAAAAGCCACCUGAGAAGAUUUCAAAAUUAAAUAUACCAAAGAAAUUGGCACUGGACUCUAGCUUCAUUAAGAUGACCGCGAGGCCUUCUGGCAAUCAGACCAACUUGGACAGAACAUUGCAGAGCAUCCGGGAGAACAAUCCAGAUGUGAAAGAAGUCAAUUUAAACAACAUUGAGAAUAUUCCAAAGGAGAUGCUGGUAGACUUUGUCAAUGCUUUGAAGAAAAACAAACACGUAAAGACUUUUAGUAUGGCAAAUGUUGGAGCCGACGAGAACGUGGCCUUCACAUUGGCCAAUAUGUUAAGAGAAAAUAGGAGCAUUGUCACCUUAAAUAUUGAGUCCAACUUCAUCACUGGCAAAGGAAUUGUGGCCAUUAUACGAUGUCUUCAGUUCAACGAGUUUUUGACUGAGCUGAGGUUCCACAAUCAAAGACAUAUGUUGGGUCACCACGCAGAGAUGGAAAUUGCAAGACUUUUGAAGGCCAAUAACACGUUGUUAAAAAUGGGUUACCACUUCGAGCUGCCAGGCCCAAGAAUGGUCGUGACUAAUCUGCUAAGUAGAAAUCUAGACAAACAAAGGCAAAAAAGGAAAGAGGAUCAACAACAGCAACAGAUGAAAGAACAAGAAGAGAUCAUUAAUAUGUUGGAGAACGGUCUAGGCAUGGGAAUUCCACCAGAACUUUGGGCAAUGCUGAACCAACCUCCACCAACAACAAAUUCCAAGAUGCCCCCACCGACUUCCAACUCAAGAAUGCCAACUAUUGCAGAGGAACCGAAAAUCCCGGUGCCACCACUCAGAAAAAGUAAACAGAACAAGCCAGAGUUGAACUCUGAAAACAAGUUCAAAUCCGAACCCCCGCCUUUCAAAGACGUGAAACUCAAAAAGUUUCAAACAAGAUCCACGGCCCAAAAGUUAAGAGAAGAAGCAGAUAAGACUAGUUUGCGAGACAUGAUACAGCUCAAAAGGGCAAAACCCAAGUCAAGCUCUUCUCAAAAUUCAGAGCUGGCAGAGAAAGUCAAUCUUAAGGAUGUAAUGAAAACCCUGAAGCCCGUGCCAAGGAAUCGUCCACCUCCUCUUGUUAACUUGACGCCAAGAGAUGAGCUUCUAAAAGAUAUUCGCCAGAGUAAUGUGGCCUAUCUAAAAGCGGUGCCACUCCCGAAAGGGCUGGAGGAACACUUGGAGUAAAUGUGAAGAAGACUCUUUUAAAUAGACAGUCCUAAUUUUGCUAUCGGUGAACCACUAAAGACAAUGGGGAGACUGCUGUUAGUGUCAUGGGAUCAACAACGAACGUGGAGUGAGAAGAGCAAGAAGUGAACGUAUUCAGAUGAGACACAUUGGGGCAUAUUUACUAGCACCGUUGUGUACCGCCAUGCGGUGUGCAUUCUGAAUGCGGAGCGAACCGUACCCUCAGCGCGGUGCAGCUCGUGAGCUAUGACCGAUUUUGUGAAUACGCUUUCCAGCACUUCAUUGAGCUUUAGUUAAAAAAA